UUGGUGGUUUGGAUGGUUGGAUGGAGAGCUGGAGCUUGGGCCGCUUGGUGUUUGGCCAGCUGCCUCCAGCCCUUUGCCCCCUGCCGACUUGCCCCCCUUGGCGCCUUCCUGCCCAUCCCACCAAGCCCCGCUUACCUCAUGCCGAAUCUGUGGGCCUGGAUACGACAUCCUCGCCUGUCCCUCUACAUCCACCAACGUAAACACCAUCGAGUCCCCCCAGACGCCCGCAAGGACGACCGCAUCGACCGCCUCAACAUACACCGAGUCUAUCCAGGCGUGACUGAGUUUCUGCUAUCUCAGCAGUCCCUGGCCUACGAUGUCUCUGCCUAAGCGAAUCAUCAAGGAGACCGAGAGGCUAGUCAACGAGCCGGUCCAAGGAAUAUCAGCUACGCCCCACGACGACAAUCUGCGCUACUUUGACGUGACCAUCGAUGGCCCUUCACAAUCUCCGUACGAGGG